ACCCGAAAGUGGACUUAUUUUUUAAAUAAUUAUAUCCAUUCCCCAUUAUUAAAUACGGACUGCUAUUUUCAACUGCACCUUUGUUCCAAUCUCAACAACUCUUAAAAAAAUAUCUUAAAUUCGAAAUUUCCUUUCUGAAUCUUCAUCAUUCAAGCCCUCGGAAGUUGAUAGUGCAGAAAUUAUCUUACAGAAAUAUGGCGGGAUCUGUGGUUUCCAGCAGUCUGGCUACGUUGCCACCGAGAUCGCAGAUUAUUUACAAAAAUUCCACGUGUCAUCGUCCGAUCGGGUUGCAUGGAUCUGUAUUAUCUAGCAGUCAACGCUCCCUGUAUCUCCCGAAGCAGAAUCAGGUGGCGAAGAUUGUAACCAGAUCAAGAAGGAAUGUGGUUGUGCGGAGCAGUUUGGUUCCGCCAGAAGUUGACAUUCCUGCUCUUCCCACUUCAAUUGGGAUUCCUGGGUUGCCUGAUUCAUGGCAAGCCUGGGUAAUGGGAGCUGUUGUUACUAUUGGCCUGCCAUUCUUGACCAACAAGUGGGGCCCACUCUUGGGGUGGAUGGAAAAGCUAAAAGGAAUAUUACAGACAACAGAAAAUAUAGCAGAAGCAGUAGAGGAUAUAGCGGGGAAGGUUGACAAAAUGGCGGAAGAGAUCGAGGCUGGCCUGCCUGAAGGACAACUCAAAAAUGCUCUGCAUAACGUUGAACUCGCUGCCGAGGAGAUUGCCAAGGAUGCUGAUCGAAUUGACCAGUUGAUCGAUAAGGUUCAAGAAAUGGAAGAAAAAUUCGAAGAUAUGGUGGAAGAGUCCAAUGAAUUAGCGAAAGAUAUAAAAGCUUCGAAGCAGGCCUAGACCGUGGAGGAUGAAUUUAGUGCUUUGAAAUCAUUAUUUCAAUGAACAAAAAACAUAGUUAUUUGUAAAGUAGGACAUUUUUAUGAGACGCGAUGGGGCUCUAUUUUCGUUGGAGUAGCUUGCUUCGGUUUUUUUACUGUGCUAUGAAUUUUUUUCUUCUGGCUGUGAUGUAUAUGUAAUUACGUUCUGCAGUAAAUUGAAGAUAUUUGUCGGUUAA